AUGGGCUCGCAGCUUCAUGCACUUGUGGUGAAGCUUGGGGUUUCUGGGUGUGUUAGAGUCUGCAAUGCUUUGAUGGAUGUUUAUGUGAAGUGUGAGCUUGUGGGUGGGGUUAGAAGAGUUUUUGAGGAUAUGGGGUUGAAGACUGUGGUGUCUUGGACUGUGGUCUUGGAAGGUGUGGUGAAAGGGGAGGGUUUGGAGAAUGGGCGGAAGGUGUUCGAUGAAAUGCCAGAGAGGAAUGAGGUUGCUUGGACUAUGAUGAUUGUGGGGUAUGUUGAGAAUGGGAUGACUAGGGAGGCUUUUGAGCUUUUGAGGGAAAUGAUUUUUGAGUGUGGGUUUGUGUUGAAUGAUGUGAGCCUUUGUUCGAUUCUUUCGGCUUGUUCGCAGUCUGGGGAUGUGAGCUUGGGGAGGUGGGUUCAUGGGUAUGCUGUGAAGGAAAUUGGGUGGGAUGUGGGUGUCAUGGUGGGGACUGGGUUGGUUGACAUGUAUGCAAAGUGUGGGAGGAUUGGCGCUGCCUUGGUUGUGUUCAGGAACAUGCCAAGGAGAAAUGUAGUGGCGUGGAAUGCCAUGAUUGGUGGGUUGGCCAUGCAUGGGAAGGGAAAGGAUGUGGUGGAUAUGUUUGAUUCCAUGAUCGGAGAAGGAGUGAGCCCUGAUGCAAAUAGUUUGGGAAGGGAAAGGAUGUGGUGGAGGAGUGCUGGGGAGGGGUGGUGA